UUCAAAAUGGCGUCCGAGAAGAAGAAUGAAGAAAAGUCAGAAGAAAAAUGCAAAGAWAUGGAAAACGAAGAGAUAAAACAACUGGAUGACAACUCAGCUGAAAGAGUUCAUACUGAGAAAGAGGGUCGAUUAUUUGAAAAGAGCAAAGAUGAAACAAAGGACURUAAUUUAAGUGAAAGUGAAUCUGAAAAUUUUGAAGAUGCAAUGGAGGAAGUGACAGAAAAAUUAAGCUUAAAUAACGAAGACAUUAAAGACAAUUCAUUAGACGAAGGAAAUGAUAAAAAUAUAGAACAUGGUGAUGAUGAAGAUACCUAUUUAGAACCUAGUGAACCCUUAACGGAAGAGCAAAAAUUGGAAAGGAAGUCUUUAGCUGAAGAKCACAAAAGAAAAGGAAAUGAAUAUUUUAAGAAUGCAGAAUUUCCAGAGGCUAGGGAACUAUAUACAACAGCAAUAAAGACAUGUCCACCAGAAUUUCAAAAGGAAAAAUCAAUAUUCUACUCUAAUAGAGCUGCAUGUUUAGUGAGAAUGGAAAUGUAUGAAGAUGCAAUUAGAGAUUCAACAAAAGCUUUAGAAUUAAACCCAGAUUAUCUAAAGGCAAGGUUGAGACGUGCUCAGUGCUAUGAACAUGAAGACAAGUUAGAGGAYGCAUUAGAAGAUUAUCAAAAAGUCUUGGAAACUGACAAAUCAUGUGUAACAGCAAGAGAAGCUGUUAUGAGAUUACCAGAACAAAUAAAAAUCAAGCAUGAAAAAAUGAAGGAAGAAAUGCUAGGAAAACUCAAAGAUCUUGGAAAUCUUUUCCUUAAACCAUUUGGGCUGUCAACAAAUAAUUUUCAAGUUCAACAGGACCCUAAUAGUGGAGGAUAUUCCGUUAAUUUUCAACAGUAGAGAAUUUCUAAUCAAUUUAUAAAUCAAUGCAUAACAUUGUCCAUUGCCCACCCACCCUCCCCCCCCCUCCCUUCAUUUUUUUUAAUUUUUCCACUCAGGGGGAAGGGGGUGGUUGGUGUUGUACAGGCCUUCCACUUUGCACUAUUGGGCGUGAUAGUGGUUUGAAUACCAUCUAUUAUCAUGUUUCAUUUUCUGCCAAAAGCAAACAAAAUCAAAAUAAAAUGUAAYUAUAAAUGCUGUUAAAUUUAGUCUCGAAGGGUUUGCUUGCCACAUGAAUAAUAUAAUGAGAUUAAGAUCCUAAUCUUCAAGUGAAUAAUAGUACUCUAAUGUUUUUAUAUUUGGAAAAAUAUUAUUUUUGGCAGUUGAAAACCAUGAAAUCUAAAAAGAUAUAAACUAUAAAAUYUUGUUGCGUUAAUCCAUAAACUGAAAGCGAUUUAUGCAAGCUUUUCAGCUGGCACGAAACAAGAAUUUUUAAUUCAUGCUUAGAAUAUAAAUGUUAUYAAAUAAAUGAUUCAUAAAACCAA